CGUGCGCAGAGGCGUCUCCCGAGGAGACCGUGCCCUGCGGCUCUCCUGGGCCCUUGGCAGUGGCGUUCUCGUCUUCCUGAUCCCUAGGGUCCGUCGGCAUGAAUCCCGUCGUCGUGGUCCACGGUGGGGGAGCCAGCCACAUCUCCAAGGACCGCAGAGAGCUGGUGCACCGGGGCAUCAUUCGCGCCGCCACCGCGGGUUACAACAUCCUCAAGCGGGGGGGCAGCGCGGUCGACGCUGUGGAAGGGGCCGUGACCGUCCUGGAAGACGAUCCCGAGUUCAACGCAGGUUGCGGAUCCGUCUUGAACGUAAAUGGGGAAGUGGAAAUGGAUGCUAGUAUCAUGAAUGGAAAAGACCUGUCUUCAGGAGCCGUGUCUGCCGUCCGAUGUAUCGCGAAUCCCAUUAAGCUUGCGCGGCUUGUGAUGGAAAAGACACCUCACUGCUUCCUGACCGACCGAGGUGCAGCGGAGUUCGCAGCCGCCAUGGGGGUCCCAGCUGUUCCUGGGGAGCAGCUGGUCACGGAGAGAAACAGAAAACGCCUAGAGAAAGAGAAGCGUGAGAAGGGCGCCCACAAGCCAGACCAGCAGCAAAACUUGGGAACCGUGGGUGCUGUCGCCUUGGACUCCAAAGGAGAUGUGGCUUACGCGACCUCCACGGGGGGCAUCGUGAAUAAAAUGGUCGGCCGAGUGGGGGACACUCCCUGUAUAGGAUCGGGAGGCUACGCUGACAACGACAUCGGAGCCAUCUCGACAACGGGGCACGGGGAGAGCAUCCUGAAGGUGAACCUGGCCAGACUCACUCUCUUCCACGUCGAGCAGGGAAAGACAUUGGAAGAGGCUGCUGAUGUGUCGUUGGGUUAUAUGAAGUCCAAGCUCAAAGGUCUAGGUGGUGUCAUCUUGGUCAACAAAGCAGGAGACUGGGCAGUGAAGUGGACCUCUGAGUCCAUGCCCUGGGCGGUCGCCAAGGACGGCAGGCUGCACUCCGGCAUCGACCUCAACCAGACAAGUGUCACCGACCUGCCCUAAGCCCCGAAGACUGUAUCCCAGACGCUGGCCUGCAGGCAAAUGCGCUUCCUGGUGUGGAGACUUAGCUUCAUCAAUUAGAGCGAGAAAUGGAAAAAUUCUACAGUCUGUCACUUGUUUUGUUGCCUUAAUAAGUAUCUAAAUGUUUGGUGAGGCGCAGAGUCCAAAGUGAUGAGAGAAAUGCCCACAGUAAGAUCAAAGUAAGGAGCGAAGAUGAGAAACUCGGAGCCCUUCCCUGGGCCGGUCCCAUUGUCUUAGGUGGGAAGGAAGACACUGCCGGUGCAGGGAGAGCCUUUGGAACUGGGAGACCGCACCGCAGUGCCCGCUGCCCCACCCCAGGCUGCCCGGCUCGUGCUUUCUGGCGGGACCCAGGGGCGAGGUGGGAGGGGGGAGCCCAUGGAGGUGUCUGAGAGCGAGGCAGGAGCCGUGAGAAAGUGAACUGACUUUUCUAAGAAAGUUCAGCUCUUCGCUGACUUACUAACAACAGAGAUGUUUCCAGAGACUUUCAGCGGACCCUCUGGUAACCCAUAGCUCCCUAAUCUUGGGAUGAAGGGCCGUCGUGGGGAGUGUGGCCAGAGCUCCUUCAAGUCUGAGAGUUUUCCUGGGCUCACAUGUGAGCCUGUUCAGGACGUUUUCCCCACUUGGCCAGCACGGCCACUCGAAGCCAGCCUCUGCGGCUGCAGACCCCCUGGGCCCUCACAGUGACCUCUCCGCCUCUCCUAGGACAGGGAGGGCCAACCAGUGCACAGAGGACUCGGUGGCUGUGACAUAGUGUGAUCUUGUACCGCCCAGCUCUGUGCCCCCCCACACACACUGAACUUCGCGUGAGUCUGUGUGGUCAGCGUGGGGAAGAAAGACAUUUGCAUGGUGGAGAGCAUCCUCUUCCCCUCUCUGCACUGGAACGGUAUUUCUGCUGUGACAUAGCUGCCCAGUCUUUUAGUUUGUCAGGGCUUACCUUCUCUCUGGAAAGAAAUUGCUUAACUUUAAAUUCCAUGUGCCACUAAUAAAAUGUAUUUUGAAAGAAUAACAGCGUGGUUAGGCGUCACUGUUGACAAAGACCAGAAUGUGCAAGAGUUCCCCUUGGUCUGUCAGUGCAGACAGGUAUACCCGUUCAAGACCUUUAAGGUGAGGGUGGUGUGUGGAGUGACCAUCUGCCCUGCCUCGUGGAGUACCUGCGAGAGUUUUCCAGAACAGCUUUUCCUGAGCAGGUUCAGGAGAAACCAAUCGAGUGUUUGCAGGAGGGUUCACGGCUCAGUCUGCUGGCACUCAGCCAUUGCUCACACCAGACAGCCACAUGGCCUGGCUCCUGCCCCUCCCUGGGCCCACGUCAGGGGCUCGGAACUAAAGGGAGAGAUGGCACUUGGAGGCAGAACCAAGCUGCAUGUCGCCGGUGGCUCUGGGCAAGUUAACUUCAUCUAUAAAAUAAAUCACUAUGAAGAGUACAUGAAAUUAAGGAAUUGCUCAGUGGCCCUGGCUAGUUGGUUGAGCAUUGUCCCAUGCACCAAAAGGUCACCCAUUCAAUUCCCGGU